AGCAUCAUUCGUACAUUUGUAGAAGGCCUGUUUAAGAGGCCUCUAUGCGGGUAAGACUCAAUGGCCGCCUUAUAGGUGUCGCCUAAUCGUGUCUCACACCAAUUGCCUAAUGGGCCUUGUGCCACGGCUCUAAUUCAGCCUUACGAGCCCUACCCGGCGAUGGUCUCGGACUCCGAGGGAUGACCUGAAGCCGUCUUAUUUCUACUUAAUCCUCACUUGUCUUCUUCAAUCUUGCACUUUAAUUUCUUAAUAUCAAGAUCUUGACUUAUCGCCCAGCUGGAUCCCACACACUACUAUGCUAUCGAGCCCUUUCUGAUCAAACAACAUCAUUCGAUCAGAUCUACUGCCAACCUCACCCGCGACAAUGGCUCCUCAUCUAGCAGCGCCACCGCCGCUACAAGAAGACCUGACCCUCCCCCGCCUCCUCUUCCUCCACGGCGGCGGCGUCAACGCCUCCAUCUUCGAAGCCCAAGCACGCUCAUUCAUGCGCUACCUCCGCCCCUCCUUCCGUCUCGUCUUCGCCGACGGCCCAUUCUUCUGCGAUCCCCACCCCGCCAUCAUCCCCGUGUACACCUCGCAUGCGCCCUUCCGCCGCUGGCUGCGCUGGAUGGGCGAGCAUUCUGACGUCGACGCCGAAAGCGUGGUUGAGGAAAUAAGCUACGCGAUCCGCAACGCGAUGGCGGCAGAUGACGCGAAGAGCGCGACGGGGGAGUGGGUUGGAUUGGUCGGGUUCUCGCAGGGAGCAAAGCUAGCUGCGUCGAUGCUUCUCGAGCAGGAGGCGAGGAUCCGGCAGGCUCAGAAGACGGGUGACGAUCUGGCGCCUGGGUUUCUAGAGGACUCAAGCAUACGAUGGCGGUUUGGGAUACUCAUGGCGGGACGGGCUCCGCUGUCGAAUUUAUGCCCGGGGCAGCCUGAAUUGCUUUCGAGCAAGGCACUCGUGGCGGCCGAUGAAAUCAGUGAGGGAUUUGAGUUUGUGGGUAAGGUCGACGAUGAGGCGGUACUGAAGACACCGACGGUACAUGUGCAUGGAUUGGCGGAUGAGGGACUACAUCUACAUCGGAGACUGCUGGAACAGUACUGUGCGCCUGGGACGGCAACAUUAGUGGAAUGGGAUGGCAAUCACCGGAUACCGAUCAAGAGCAAGGAUGUGGAGAGAGUCGUCGACGCGAUCUGGGAUGUCGCCGAGAAGACGGGGGUAGAUGUGACGAGGCUACCGUCGAAGUUAGGUAGCUGAGGUAUUGGUCUACAUCGAUUUGAUAGCGUUUGGUUGGUACGGGACUGGAGGG